AUGAAUCGAUGGUCGUUCGUAGAAAAAACAACAUCGUGCGACAUAAAUCAAAACGAGUUUAUUCAAAUGGCUGCACUUGAUAAAAUGAUUAUCGAUGAUCGGGAUUUAGCCAAUCGAUACUUUGGCGAGAAUACUCUGGACGACCUCAAUACAGAUCAAUUCUUAUUUUCCAAACAAACGAAAACUACCCAAGAAGAGUCAUCUUUGAAAUCCAGAACGAAACAGGACACAAGCACAAAAGAAGAUGAUCUCACAGGUCUAUUCGGAAGAAGAGUUUAUUUAGAAUCACCGUCGUUCGACAAUAAAGAAGAAGAAGAUAUGUACAGAUAUGUCCCAAGUCGUCUCAGUGAAGUUCCAGCGCCACUUGUUGAAGGAACUGCUCCAACCAUGACAACCGAUACAUUGAUAGAUUCGUUGGAUUUUGAAUUAGACCUCCUCGGAGCAGCUCAUACUCGUCAUAGAUUCCCUUAUCGAACAACUACACAACUACUACAAGAUUCGAAACCACCUGCGCCAUUGACACAAUUACAAAAUCCAUCGAAACCAUUUUCGUUGACAAAUGCACCCAGAGCCGACCCCCGUCAAGAUCCACUUCUUGGCCCAUUACUUGCUGAGCUGGACACCAUGACUACUCAACAGCAACAACAACAGCAACAAUUAACACAGCCUAUGUAUCGACGAAAUUCCGUUCCGUACGAACCAAAUCUUAUUCGACCAGCAGUUCAAUCACAAUCGAACCAUCUAUUAUCAAAUACAGCUAAUCGUACGGUUAAUGAAGCAUUACUUGAAGCAGAACUCUACGAUUCACUUGAUCCGAAAGAUCACCAGCCAAGCUACGAUCGUCAACAUAUAAUAUUCUCUGCUCCAAAUAGUACUUCAUCUCAUCAAAUUCAACAGCAGCAACCGCAACGACUACCGCCACGCCCUUUAAAUAUGAAUAACGUUGAUGUAUUUAUGCCGACAUCUUAUGACAAUGGUACAGGAGUUUUCUCAAAUCAAUAUGGUGCAAAUGAUCAAAUGUUCCAGCAACCACUACUUAAUGCUCUCGGUCAGAAUUAUGUACCUAAUGCAAGGCAACAACCUUCUUCCCAACAUCAACAGCAACUACAGCCACAAACCGAACAACGAGAUAAAAGUUAUGAUGACAUUUACUCACGUAUGUCUCCACCACAGCGUUCUGGAUAUGGUCCUUCACAGCAACAGCCGGCAAAUAAUAAUACUAGUAAUCAUCAAUAUCAAUCACAGCCACAGCAACAACAAAGACGACAACAACAACAGCAACAGCACCCACAGCAACGUGAACCAUCAGAUAAAAGUUACGAUGAUAUAUAUUCACGAAUGUCUCCACCAAAUCGUGCACCAUACAUGCCAGCUCAACACCAGCAGCAGCCACAACAUCAGCCAAACAACAUGAAUCCUUAUCAACAUCAGUUACCGCCGCCUGUACCUAAUCGACAAGCUACGUAUAACAAUAAUAAUAUUCCUGAUAAUGAAAAUGAUCCAUUCAAUGAAUUUCAAGAUAUGUUUGGUACAACUCAAUAUCAACAUACAUCUCAAUUACCACCCCAACAGUAUCCACCCACCACCCAGCAACCACGAAUGAUGCCACCUCCAGCAGCAUCUCAGCAUCAAUCUAUGCCGCCAGGACCGCCAUCAUUCCGGCAGCAAAGAAUGCCGCCACCAGCACAGCAACAGCAAACUAUGAAUCCUUCACAGCCACCACCAUUUCCACAAACGAGAAUGCCACAACCACCGGCAGCACCUGCCUCGUUUCAACAACCACGAAUGCCACCACCACAAUAUCCCUCACAACAGCAACAACAACAACAACAACAACAGCAGUACCAAAAGUCGCCCGUAUCUACUCAACAAAACGAUGAAUAUCACUCAUUUUCACCGUUUAAACAACAGCAACAGCACCCGCAUCAACAACAGUAUUACGACGAAGAAUUUCUCAAUACAAACUAUCCUUCGAAUAAUCAAGACAUGUUUUUUACUGAUGUUAACGAUGAUCAAUUCGACCAAAAUCCUUAUCAACAGCAGCAUUCGCAGGGGCAACCGAUGUCGAAUCAGCAAAAUGUGGAACAACAAGAUGAUCAAGAUUCCAAACGACAAGCUGUAUGGAAUGAAUUACAACGAACGAAUGCCAAAGUUCAAGAAAAGAAUGCAAAGAAACGUGAAUCAGCGAAUCGACGUGAUCAAAUCUUAAAAGGCACAUAUGUUCCAAAUAAUGCGUGGACUAGCACUGGAAGUAAACUUUCUUCUGCUCAAUCAAAAACAGGUGCAAAGUCUCCACCCGCGCGUCGGCCACCACUUCCACCUGCCUCAAACACUAACUAUAUCGAAGAAAACAUCGACAUGAUUAAAAACAAAGAGAACUUCUAUCAUCGUUAUCCAGCGAAGAAAUAUGAAAACUUGUACUCGAAACGCAAAGAUCUUUUCGGUGGAGGUACUAACAAUAAUCAAAGAAAUGAACAAAAUGGGAAUCAAAACGCACAUAAUAACUUUGAUCAAGUACAACCAAUGAAUCAUGAUACAGGAACCUAUUCGAAUUCUGAACAUCAAAGCAAUCUACCUGUAACUAUUAAUCUAAAUCCAGGAAAUCGAACGCAAAAUGAAAAUCUUCCAGCAACAGUAUCAAUUCCUCUCGAUAGUCAUAUUACUCGAGUUGGUGAUAAAAUAUCUGUGAAUAUUGAUGUACGUCUUCUUGAUCUACAAAACAUGAAACAACAACAACAAAAUCAUGGCGCAGACCAUUCUGGCUUAGAUCCACUGGAUCGACACAUCCGAAAAUUAGAGAAUAGCAUUGAUCAAUCAUUACCACCAACUCAUUCUCCUCCUCGACGCAGUUCACCACCGGCAUCAGUACCAUAUCCUAUCGUCAAUCCAUCCAUAGGUCGUUACGGUAAAACGACGCUAGGCUCUGGUCAAAGUGCUUAUAGUCCACCUAGCUAUAAAUCAACUGAUCAUUACAGUUAUAGCGCUAAAGCAAGACAGGAGGAUUCUUAUCUAUCUAAACUGACACACGUGAAGAAACCUGUAAACUAUAAACCGUAUACGGGUCGUGAUUUUGAACAGUUCAAAAAGAAUUAUGCAUUUGGUAGCGGUUAUCUAGGUUUUGAUUAUGAUAAUCCUGAAUACAAAGAAAAAAGUGAUAAAAUCUUGAAAACCAAAGAAUAUGCUCAACAAAUCGAAGUUCGGAAUAAGAAAAUACUGGCAGAUGCUCCUCGUCGUACAUUAUCAGAAACACGAAAACCACAACCGGAACCGUCAGUUACUCAACGAGCAUUGGAAUAUGCUCGUGUGUCUACUCGACACAAAAUUCCGCUAAACUCUGCAACUCAACCGUCGCCACCAUAUCGAGAUGAACCUGCACCUCUCCAACGUCGACCAACUGAAGUACCUCGUCCACCACCUGUACCAAGACAAGCGCCAAAAGUAGUACACAACGAUGAUCAUGAUUUAGUCGAACGUUUAGCACAACGUCAUGAACGUGAUAAAGCGCAAGUACAAGGUAUUCUAAAUCCAUCUCAGAAACGACGUGAACAACUGUUCGAUGAUGAUGAUCAUCGAAUGACUGAUGUUGAAAAAUUAGCACAAGAACGAGCUAAUCAAAGACGUUCAUCGCCACCGAAACAGCCGCAUCCACCUGCACCAUCCACCAACGGAAAUGCUCGACGGCCGUUAAGAUUUGACAAACCACUUUUACCUGACGAACCAGUAGUACCUUCACAACCACAAACUCGUGUGGUACCACAACCACCAACUCAGCAACUAUCUACACAACAACAACCUGCUCAAGCAAAAUCACCCGCUCCCCAAAUACAGCACACUGUCAAACAACAACAUUCCAACGUAGACCAACUAGCUAAUCGACACAAUGAUGAGAAGAUCCUCAUGGAAGCUAUUCGUAAAGAACUCAGUGAACGUCCAUUAGAUGAUGACGAAGAACUAGUUGUUGUUGAACAAUAA